GUAGACGAAAUCAUAUAAGAUAGAUAGAUUGGUUGAUUGAAUUUGAAAGAAGCGUAGCCAAGAGUGAGUGAGAGAUGGCACGGUGGUCUCUGCUUCUUCUUACGGUGGUGCUCGGUGUCGCUGCGGCGGCAGGAUCGUCCAGCUUCGAGGACUCCAAUCCAAUUCGUUUGGUCUCAGACCUGGAGGAGCAGGUUCUUCAGGUGAUCGGUCAAACCCGCCAUGCUGUCUCCUUCGCACGCUUCGCUAGCAAAUACGGCAAGCGAUACGAUUCCGUAGAGGAGAUUCAGCAUCGGUUCCGGAUCUUCUCUGAGAAUCUCGAAUUGAUCAAAUCCACCAACAAGAAGCGUCUCUCAUACAAGCUCGGUCUCAAUCAUUUCGCGGAUUUGAGUUGGGAUGAGUUCAGAACUCAGAAACUCGGUGCUGCUCAAAAUUGCUCUGCCACUCUCAUAGGCAAUCACAAGCUUACUGAUGCUGUUCUUCCUGCAGAGAAAGACUGGAGAAAAGAAUCCAUAGUUAGCGAAGUUAAAGAUCAAGCCCAUUGCGGAUCUUGCUGGACAUUCAGCACAACUGGAGCGCUAGAGGCAGCUUACGCGCAGGCCCAUGGAAAAAAUAUCUCACUUUCUGAGCAGCAGCUUGUGGAUUGUGCUGGUGCUUUCAAUAACUUUGGCUGCAACGGCGGCUUGCCAUCCCAAGCCUUUGAAUAUAUUAAAUACAAUGGUGGCAUCGCUUUGGAGAAAGAAUAUCCCUACACCGCGAAAGAUGAGGCCUGCAAAUUUACAGCAGAAAAUGUUGCUGUUCGAGUCCUUGACUCUGUCAACAUCACCUUGGGUGCUGAGGAUGAAUUGAAACAUGCGGUUGCUUUUGCGCGGCCAGUUAGUGUGGCAUUUCAGGUGGUGGAUGGCUUCCGUUUAUAUAAGGAAGGAGUUUACACGAGUGACACUUGUGGCAACACCCCCAUGGAUGUGAAUCAUGCUGUUCUUGCUGUUGGGUACGGAGUCGAAAAUAAUGUACCUUAUUGGAUCAUUAAAAAUUCAUGGGGCAGUACCUGGGGUGACCAUGGCUACUUCAAGAUGGAAUUGGGGAAGAAUAUGUGCGGUGUUGCAACUUGUGCAUCUUAUCCUAUUGUGGCUUGAAUUGUGUAAGGAGCUAUGUGGUGUGCCCUAAAGGCUGCCUUGGGGUCUUCCACCUUGCAAGUCAUGUUUCAUAGUUGUCCAUCUAAAACGUGAAAUGUGGCAAUAUCAUGGUAGAUCUUUGUUAAUGUUAUUCUGUAAAAUAAGUUUGUAGUUGGGAUGCUAUUUCUUAUUGAUGAUAUAAACCACAUUUUAAAACCAGACUGUAUGUAAAUCAUGUAUCAUGUAGAAAUAAUAAACUGCAUUUGCUUUGGA